AUGCCUGCCACCAAGAGAAUUGUUUCUGUCACCCAGAUGUCACAGAAAGAGAAGAUCCCGGCCUACGAGCCAAAUAUCCCUGAGCCAAAAUGCAGAGCUGAUCUAAUCAAACAUUGGUUCAACAUUUCCCUGGAUGACAAGACAGCCAAUAAGAUGCUGUGGAUCGGAGAGAAUGGUACUAAGGUCGCUCGUAAGACCGACGAUGUCAAGUGUCCUGUCCUGGAUAGACCGGAGCGAUAUGAGUAUUCUCCACAGGUUCUUUGCAAAGAAGCCAUCCACGGCUUCCGAGGCUACUGGGAGGUGGAGUACUCCGGGUGGACCGUGGUCGGGGUCACCUACGAACGAGCGGGCAGGAGGAACACCGAUGGUUUCUGUGGCCUUGGGGAGAACGACGAGUCCUGGUGUAUUGGCUGGAGUGGUUCCAGAUAUAAUGCCUGGCACAAAGGCCGCAAUUUAGAGAUCAUGGAGAUUCCUCAGUAUUCCACAAUUGGUGUGUAUCUUGACCAGCCUGCCGGUAUCCUAAAUUUCUAUGGUGUGGAGGAGGUGAAGGGGGAAGAGGAGUGCACAGGAGGAAAGGAGGUUCAUAUUUUGCAGCAGUAUCGGACCACCUUUGAGCAGAAAAUGAUACCAGGUUUCUGGUUGGCUCCGCAGUCACACUGUCUGAUCCUGAAGAAGGAGGAAUAA